AUGUCCUCACCAAAGUCACCGAAAUUGAGUUGGUAUCAUAAAAAUAGGAAAAAUAUUAAUCAAAAAAGAAGAGAACAAUAUCAAGAGUCAAAAAAUCAACAAAGUCAACUUGGUAUAAAAAAUUAUAUUGAUGAAUCGUACGAUCCUAAUUGUCAUGAAUUUAAUGCAAUGGAAAUCGAAAAUUGUAACACCGCUGUCGAAGAAGAUCGAAAUUUUAUAUUAUUCAAUAAUGAUAAGAUUGCAUAUGAUACGAUGGUGAAUGAAGCAGACCAAUAUUUAGAAGAAAAACAGUCUCAUUUAUAUAUCGAAAAUGAUAAUGAACAAAAAGAUGGAAUUCUAUUGAUGAAGCACGAAGAUGAAAUUUCAGAUGAAUGUGAAAUUGACGAUAUACUACAAUGCAAUUUAGAUUUGAAUGAACAACAAGACAAAACAUUCGAUGAUAGUAAUGAACGAGAAUAUGAUGAAGUUGACAUUGCUGUUUGUUUAAUAACAAUAAAAACAAGAUAUCAUUUAACAUUUGAAUGUGUGAAUGAUGUUAGAAAAUUGUUAAUUGCACUAAAAGUGAAAAACGUACCAUCGUCGAUUUAUCAUGUUCGUGAAUUGGUUAAUACGAAUAGCAAAUCGGCAUCCACACCAUCUACAAAAGAUAUUGUACCACCUCUUAUAGUAUGUCAGAAAUGUGAACGAGUUUCAACUUCGAAAGAUUUUUGCACAUAUAGUGAUUGCCAAAAUCAUCAGAAAUAUGACAUUAAUCCGUACAGCUAUGUUUAUUUUGAUAUAUAUCAUCAAUUGAAACAAAUUUUAUGUCGUGAAGAAAAUAUUCGUUUUUUUUCCACAGAUAAUUACACAGCUGCCAACAAUUCUUUGUCUGAUAUUUACGAUGGCGAUGUGUAUCGUUCAAUGUUAACAAAACUUCAAUUAAAUAAAACUAAUCUUUUAUUAACACUAAUGAUGAAUGUAGAUGGUGUUGCUAUUGGAAAUAAUACGGAAGAAUCAUUAUGGAUAAUCACCUUCACACUCAACGAAAUCAAAAGAAGUGAAAGAUUUAGAACUCACAAUGUUAUUAUAGGUGGUGUUUGUUCAUGCUAUAAAAAGCCAAAUCGUAAAUUGAUGCAAUUUUUAUUGAAGCCAAUUGUUGAACAAUUAAAGCAACUACAAGAACGUCAUUUAUUUCAAGUGAAAGCUUGUAAUAAUGAAUUUAAAUUAAUCCAAAUGUAUUUAAUCGGCGCGUGUAAUGAUAAGCCUGCAAAUAGUUUAGUGCAAAACAUAGCAGAACCAAUAGGUAAAUAUGGCUGUAGUCGUUGUGAAUUGCCUGGUAUGUAG